AUGAUGAGGACGACGAAGGUUAGAAGGGUUGCAUUGUGCGGGAGUAUAACGGGCAGUCCACCGAUCAAUGGGGACUGCGUUGUUCAUGCAGGGAGAAGAGGGGUGGGCUUGGUUGGGGGACGGGUUGCUAGUAAAGAUGGUGCAUCAACUGGAAUUGGACCAAUAGGAGAGGGCAGAAGGGCCCAAGGGACUGUACUAGUAGACCCACCGUAA